AGUACAGACAAAAGCAUUCUUUAAUCUGCACAUUAAUAGUCCAUGGCAUCCAUAUUGCAAACUCUUCUUGCUCUCUUACGGCCGUUAUUUUCGUUUUUGAUCAAAUCAAUGUUUCGACCAUCAUUACUAUCUGUGAAGAUUCUCAAAACAAGCAAUUACAGAUCUUCGAUUUUGAAGAAUGGCUGGUUACCAAGUUAAAAAAAGUAGAGGUCGACCAAGCACCGGACGAGGCCCAAAACAAGCAACCUCCUUCAAAAUUGAUUAACGUAAGAUUUUCAUACUUAGCACUAUUAAUGUUCAAUUUUGAAGAUUACACGGUUACAAAGGCAAAAAGGGUCAACCAAGCACUAGAGGAGGCAGUACCCUUGCAAUAUGCAUUGAAAAUUCAUGAAGCAAUGAGAUACUCACUCCUUGAAGGGGGCAAGUAUGUCCGGUCCAUUGUCUGUAUUGCUUGUUGUGAAUUAGUGGGAGGGGAGGAGGCCUUGGCAAUGCCGAUCGCCUGCACAGUAGAGAUGAUACACACAGCAUCACUCAUCCAUGAUGACCUUCCUUGCAUGGACAAUGAUGAUCUAAGGCGAGGCAAGCCGACCAACCACAUACUUUUCGGUGAGGGCAUUGCGGUUCUUGCAGGGGGUGGUCUUCUCUGCCUUGCAUUCGAGCACGUAGUGUCUAAGACAGUGAGUUUUUCGUCAGAAAGAGUGGUUCGAGCCAUUGCGGAGCUAAGCUCGGUGGUAGCCGGUUGGGUAAAAAGGGUUGGUGGCAGGGCAGAUGAUGGAUCUUUAGAGUUAGGGGAAACAGGAGGAGGAAGUGAUGAAGAUGUAGAGAGGGUAAGGAUAUAUGCUAGGCGUAUAGGGCUGUUGUUUCAGGUUGUGGAUGACAUUGUAGAUGUCACCAUGUCGUCGGAAGUGUUGGGGAAGACAGCCGGGAAGGACUUGGUGAGUUAUAUGGCCACUGAUCCAAAGUUGAUGGGUGUCAAUAAUGCCAAGAAGUUUGCCGGUGAACUGGUGGCUCAGGCCAUUGAAGAACUUACCUGUUUUGAUGCCGCCAAGGCUGCUCCCUUGUACCGUUUAGCAAAAUUUAUCGCUAAUCGAGAUAAUUAGUAUACAUUCUAAAAGGGAAGACCAUGUUCUCUAUAAUUUUCACUUGUGUUGUAGUUAUGAUCUCUUGAUUGUAUUUAUUUUUCAAAGGAAACAUAUGAAAAUAAUGCAAUUGCUAUUAUGAGAUGUAGUACCAGAUUCGGCACUCUUAAUCCCACAAGAUUCUGUAUAUAUAUUUAAUUAUUCUCUACUCUACUUUAGGCUUAAGUUUUGGUGUCAGUAAUUUGGCAUCACAUGAAAAUAAAUGUUAUGCAAGUUG